AUGGCCGUGAGAGAGGCUUCCCAUGCGGGGUCGUGGUACUCAGGCAACGGCCGACAACUGAGCACUCAACUUGACCAGUGGCUAUCAAAAGUCCCAGAAAAGGACAUCAUUCCCGGUGUUGAGAAGCUGCCUUUACCAGGUGCCAGAGUGGUCAUAUCUCCUCAUGCUGGCUAUGCAUAUUCCGGUCCUGCUGCCGCCUGGGCUUACAAAUGUCUUGACCUGUCUAAAGCCAAGCGAAUCUUCAUUCUGCAUCCAUCUCAUCACCAUCACCUGAGCACUGCGGCAUUGCCUGUCGUAGAUUCAUAUGAGACACCUCUGUCCGAAACUCCGCUUCCACUCGAUCAUGACACCAUUCGAGAGCUCUCCAAACUAUCGGUGGAGGUCCAAGGCCGGACCAUCAAAUUCACCACCAUGUCUCAAUCCGUUGACGAAGCUGAACACAGUGCAGAAAUGCAGCUCCCGUAUAUCCACCGACUGCUCCAGAAGCUAUAUCCCGAUCAACCGGAGUCUUCCUACCCGCCUCUUGUUCCGAUCAUGGUCGGCGGCACCAACCCAGCCACGGAAGCCGCAUUAGGCAAGCUGUUGGCCCCAUACAUCGCCGAUGAGACCUGUGCCUUCGUCAUCUCUUCCGACUUCUGUCACUGGGGAAGCAGGUUUGGUUACACGUAUUACCUACCAGAUGCUCCGAGUCCGGCUUUGUCACCACUAAUGCUUCCCAACGGGGUGAGAGGGGAAUUCACCACCGCAAAGGAAACAGUGAACGAGGACAUCCACAAGACGCCUACACUCGGCCAAGGUCAGGAACUUCGCUCAAACACCAAAAUCCCAAGAUCUGGUCCGCAGAUAUUUGAGAGUAUCGCACAUGCUGAUCGAGCAUGCAUGUGUGCGAUUGCGACAGGCCAACAUUCAGAAUUUCUGCGGGUGCUACGUGAGACGGGCAAUACGGUUUGUGGAAGACAUCCGAUUGGAGUAUUCAUGGCUGGAGUGGAGGAAGUCGAGAGGCAGAAUGCAGCAAAAAGCACUGACGAGAAUAAAUCGACGCAGGGACGGUUUCAAUUCACAAGGUAUGAGAGGAGUAGUGAUGCUGAAAGUGUCAAGGACAGCAGUGUCAGCUAUGUCAGCGCUUUCGCUGUACUGUGA